AUUCCUCAUUGGUGUUGAACGGCGAGAUAGUGGUGUGAGAGGCACAGGGCAGGAGAUGCCGUAUGAAAAAGUUGAAAAGUUGGUACCCAGCGAAUUGGUUCCGAUCUGAGAAGGAAAAUGACAGUCACGCAAGCGCGCACAAACCCCCAGUAGCUCAUCCUCGGCACAUAUCUCGAAGACAGACCUGUGACGAUCAGCUGUCGAUACGUGCUGGUCGGCAGCAACGUGGCAGUAAGAAAUCUUCUCGCAGUAGAAUGGACACGAAGGAGUUCUUUACGGAGUACGGCGAGGCCAAUCGCUACGCUAUAAAGGAGGUCAUCGGCAAAGGCAGUUAUGGAGUGGUGUGCUCUGCGGUGGAUAUCAAGACAGGGGAGAAAGUGGCCAUCAAGAAGAUCCACAACGUGUUUGAUCACGUCUCUGAUGCCACUCGCAUCCUGCGGGAAAUCAAAUUGCUGCGCCUUCUGCGGCACCCAGAUAUUGUGGAGAUCAAGCAUAUCAUGCUGCCACCCAGCCCUCGAGAGUUUAAGGACAUCUACGUUGUCUUUGAGCUAAUGGAAACUGACCUGCACCAGGUCAUCAAAGCCAACGACGACUUGACACCGGAGCACCACCAGUUUUUCUUGUAUCAGAUGCUUCGAGGACUGAAGUACAUCCACACAGCUAAAGUGUUCCAUAGGGAUCUCAAGCCAAAGAACAUCCUGGCAAACGCGGACUGCAAGCUGAAAGUCUGCGACUUUGGCCUGGCGCGGCCGUCCUUCAAUGACAUGCCGACCACAAUCUUCUGGACAGACUAUGUGGCCACCAGAUGGUAUCGGGCGCCAGAGCUGUGCGGCUCCUUCUUCGCAAAAUAUUCGACAGCGAUUGACAUCUGGUCCAUAGGCUGCAUAUUUGCAGAAAUCCUGUUGGGCAAGCCGCUGUUCCCUGGCCGCAAUGUGGUGCACCAGCUGGAGCUCAUCACUGACCUCCUGGGCACGCCCUCGGCCGAGGUCAUCGCAAAGGUGAGGAACGAGAAGGCGCGGCGAUUCCUGAUGAACAUGCGGCGCAAGCCGGGAGUGAACCUGGAGCAGUAUUUCCCGCGCGCGGACCGGGGCGCGCUGCGGCUGCUGAAGCGCAUGCUGGCCUUUGACCCGGCGGAGCGGCCCAGCAGCGAGGAGGCGCUGGCCGACCCCUACUUUGCGGGCCUCAGCCAGCCCGGCCGCGAGCCCUCCGCGCAGCCCGUCUCCAAACUCUCCUUCGACUUCGAGCGGCGCAAGCUGACCACCGACGAGGUGCGGGAUCUGAUAUACAGGGAGAUCCUGGAGUACCACCCGCACAUGCUGGCAGACUACUUGAGCAACAAGCAGCAGACCAACUUUGUGUACCCCUCCGCGGUGGACAACUUCAAGCGGCAGUUUGCGCACCUGGAGGGGGGCGGCCUGCCCGGCCGCGUGCCGGGCCACAACGGCAACCUGGGGCAGGCUACGAGCCUGCCGCGGGAGCGCGUGAAGGACUUCCAGACCGAGGCACAGCGGUACGUGCCGCAGGUGUGGGACCGGCAGGGGGCGCGCGCGGCCGUUGAGAGCAUCGGCAGCGGCGUCGGCAAAAUGAGCGUGGUUGAGGGCAACGGCUACCCACGGCCCCCCACCGCCGACAUAUCGCGCCAGCAGAACCUGCUGCGCUCCAACAGCUUCCAAUAGACGCCCCUCCGCGCCCGGCUGAGCUUCUCCUCUGCCAGAGGCCAGGGCAGCUGCUGCCCAGCGUGCGCCGCUGGCUAACGGGGGCCCCCAGCUGGCCAGGGAAGCACUCAGCCUCACAGGGCAGCGAGGAGUGUGUGCAGAGCUGUGGCUGCCAUUGAGGGGUAGCGGCAGCGCGGGUGCAGUGGUCGCACACGCUGGUUUCUCCGGGACAUGGCGGGCCAUGCCCCUCAGCGUGAAGGGCCCUGCCUUGGUGAAGUAUGCCGCACUAGGAGGCCGAUCUAAUCUAAUCGACUCUUUUCUGCGUUCGAGUGUAUCCUUUCCAUGGGGUUCUGUCUGGCUGUAGUCCUUAUGUACAACAAUCUGAUCGUUUGGCAGGGUCACCGUGCUGAUUGCCGAUAGCACACCUAGGGGAUGUUGAUGAUGGGUUGGGCAACUUGACAAGAGCAUCCCAGUUGAGAGCAUGCUGAGAAGUUUUCGACUUAGAUGGACUGACCUUGACAGGAGCAGUUGAUGAAAGAUUAGAGGAUGCACAGCCACAAAGUAGCUUGGGAGAGGAUGGGGUUGUUCAGCAAAGCAAAAUCUUUUUGGAAUGGCAGUGUGGUUCAGUCCAGAAACUGGGUCAUCCUGAUGCUUUGGAGUGUGUAUUUUACAUGCCUCAGCACCACUGUCUGGGGAACGACCAUUUGCAUGGUCAUGGCUGUCAGCAUGAUGCUGCAGUACCCAGUGGGUCCGACCCACUGGGGUCAAAGAGUCCUUGGUCUUGCGCAAAAGUAAGGUAUAGUGUGACUGCAGUUGACCAGCAUGAGGAUUACAAAGAUUAUGUUAUCUUAUAAUAACUUUUGACAAGGAGACACUAAUGCAAUUCGAAGAAAAGACUGAAUGAGUGGGUGUGUGACCCUUGCCAAGCGUCACACCGUGACGGUGUAUCAGUGGCCCGGCCCGCUGUCCCCGGCCGGGGCAGCUGUAGCGCUGCAGAGCGUCAUGCUUGACUGAAUUUCCAUUGAUCAAAGGAGUUCUGGCCAAGGCUUGCAUGUAAAGAAAACAUCCGAG